AUGUCGAUUAGCUUCGCCAUGACGAUGACAUCACCAGUGGAGGCGGCCGCCAAAAUGGGUUGGUUUGGUUCAUUACGACGGAAUCGAAACAAAAGUCUCUGCUCGACUCCGGACAAGUUGAGUCCAACAAAAAAUGGUGCUACUAUCAAUAGUACGAAGACCAUGACCGGUGCUAAAUCACUGUCCAGCCUACAUACGUUGAACGUCAAUCUUCAUUCCACCUCGUCCGUUAUGUUGAAUGAGCGAUUGGAAGACUCUUCUAAAUCACCACAAUCGUCCACGACGACGCCGAAAACGAGGUGGCGUCUUGGCACGAUCUUGCAAAGAUCCAAGAAAAGCGAUUCGUCCGUUGACAUUUCCAAUGAUGAAGAGUCGCCGGAUUCUAGUCUUCAUCGUUCGAUCGUAGUUGUCCAAGUUCCGCUUCCGGUUGUGGCAGAACAACUGGAUGACGACAACAAGAAUGUCUCACAGUUUUGCACGUUGCCCCGGAAGCGGUUGCAGACGUCGCAACCGAACCGAGUGGCAAGUCGAUUGCUGCCUCCGUUGCCAGUGACGAGCCGAUCACGAGCUUACACCAAUUCUAGUAGUACCUCAUCGCUGGAUCGUCGUAAAAAACGAUCCACCGUCUGGUAUACGCAUUCGGAUAGCGAUAUCAACGGACGAAGGAAUGGACAACUCAAAGAUGAAAUCGCUGAAGUUACGGCAGAAAUGGAGAGUUUGGACAAUACGGGAGAAGACAGUAAAAAUGCAGCCCGAGCUAAACAGCUUUCGCUCGGAAGGAAGAAGUUCAAUAUGGAUCCGAAAAAGGGCAUUGAAUUCCUGCUGCAACAAGGACUUUUGCAGAACACGCCUCAAGACAUUGCCGCUUUCCUCUACAGGGGGGAGGGACUAAGUAAAACGGCCAUCGGUGAUUACCUUGGCGAAAAAAGUCCCUUCCACGAGCAAGUCUUGAAAGCUUUUGUCGAUCUGCAUGACUUUACAGAUCUCAUCAUCGUACAAGCAUUAAGGCAAUUUUUGUGGAGUUUUAGGCUGCCAGGAGAAGCGCAGAAGAUUGACAGAAUGAUGGAAACCUUCGCUCAGCGUUACUGUCAGCUUAAUCCAAACAUUUUCUCCAAUCCAGAUACCUGCUACGUCUUGUCGUUUUCCGUUAUCAUACUCAAUACGAGUUUGCACAAUCCGAGCGUCAAAGAGAAACCCACACUGGAUAAAUUCAUUGCCAUGAAUCGCGGAAUCAACGACGGCAAAGAUAUACCGAGAGAUAUACAAGAAAGUAUCUACGAUAGUAUCAAGGCUGAACCUUUCAAAAUACCCGAGGACGACGGCAACGACCUGAUGCACACAUUCUUCAACCCAGACCGUGAAGGAUGGCUAUGGAAACAAGGUGGUCGGUACAAGUCGUGGAAGAGACGCUGGUUCAUUUUGAACGACAACUGUUUAUACUAUUUUGAAUACACUACCGACAAAGAACCGAGAGGAAUUAUACCUUUAGAAAAUAUCCAGGUACGUGAAGUGCCCGAUAGGAACAAGCCCAACUGUUUCGAGCUGUACGCCACAGGAGGCAACGAUUUCAUCAAAGCCUGCAAAACGGAUUCCGAGGGGAAAGUGGUGGAGGGCAAGCACACUGUCUACCGAAUGUCCGCUGCCGAACAAGCUGAGAAAGACGAAUGGAUUGCAUGCAUUAGGCAAAGCAUAAGCCACAACCCGUUCUACGACAUGUUAGCAGCGAGAAAGAAAAAAGCCCAGAAGUCUGGUCAUCGAACCAAACCCUGAAAAAUUGAAGCAAAUAUUCAAAACGGCACUGAAAAAGUGGGCACAAAACAACAACUCAGCCCCACCAAUUAUUUAUCAUGACCGAUAGAGAUCGCAUUAUCUCCCGUUUACCCCCUCCCCCCAUUCCAAGUAUAUCGUCAUCAGGUGGCGUUCAAGUAUAUCGCAUCAUGUAAUUUUUGUUCUUUCUUUCUGUCUUUUCUUGAUCGUCUGCUAAAGAACACAUUUUGAUCUUGAGUUUGUUUUCCUGCCAGAGAAUAUUUUAAAAUAGAAAAAAGUGUGUGUUUUUUUUUUUUCAGUGAUUAUCAUUAAUAUUGUUUUUGGUGAGUGUUUUUUCUACUUAUUACUUAAAAAAAAAAGAAAAGACAGAUUUUUGUGUGUUGUGCACGAUUUACUUAAUCUCAAACAUUUUUUCCCCUCUCCCUUGGAUCGGCCAUGUUUUUUCUGGUGCGCGCGUAUAUACACGUCGAUUUUCUUUUGUA